UUCAUUAAUGAUACCAUUCUGUCCAGACUAAUAUUACAACUGGCAACACUCUAAACUGAAGCACUUACAUGAUAUAUUAUGGUUGAAUUUGAUAUAAAUGAUUGGUUUAUUUAUUGAAGUAGAAACGAAAUACUAUCAAAUCGACUUGAGGAUUAGUAACGACUAGACCCUUCUGGUUUGAACUCAAUUUACUAGCCAUUACAUUUCAAACGGCUCGCUCAGCUGAAAUUUGGACGUGUGGUUAAUAAUUUUGGAUUUGACCUCUUCGUACUCCAUGUUCAAAACAGUGUUGGAUAGUGAAUGACGACACACAUGGUCGUCUGGCUAUAGUUCGCCAUAAAAAAUAAACUGCAUAUAAUCAUGAUGUGUAUAACAAUCAUACUUUUGGCUACCUAUUCACAUACCGUUUUUGCAAAUGCUGACAACAUCCCUGCCCAUAGUCUAGAGGAGCAUAGAAUGGAAAUGCUUGUAAGUAUCGAACAUUCAUCCAUGCUUCGUCAAAAGAAGACCUAAAAUGUAUUCGCCCAAGCAUCGCCUUCUAAAAUUCUGCGUUAUGUUGGACAUGCCUUAUUUAUACAUAUAUAAUGUUGGACAAAUUACGGAAAAAUAUUCUUGCACCGACAUGCCGGUGAUGAAACUGAAUAAAUAAAUUAUUGCAAAGAGGUGUAAAGAUAUUCCAUAAUAGGUAGGUAUAUAAUUUGUUACCCAUUUUGUUCCAGGUAAAACUGAUCACGUUAAAUUUUAAAGACAACGGUUGGAAUACUUUCGUAUGCUUUGGACAUUUGCCGGACUCAUUCUAUCGAAAAAUUCGACAUGUAUCUUACGCCUUUGUUGUAUUAGAUGAUUAUGAUCAAUAUAAUCCUGAGCAAUUCGAUACCAUGUUAAUUAGAUACAGUCCUAAUAUUGUUGUUAUCAGUUGUCAAGAUUUUAGUCACUUUGAAGAAAUGUUACUUAAAGUAAUAACUACGCUGUAUUGGAAUCCUUUAGCUAACGUCAUUAUUUACUAUCAAAAAUACGAAGAAAGAGAAAAUAUAGCAAAAAUAUUUUUCGCUUUAUGGUAUCACAAAGCUAUAAACGCAAUUAUAGUGCAAUACGACGACUUGCAGGAGACCAUGAUCAUAUCAGACUAUACUCCAUAUAUUACAAACUCUACAUCAAUGAAAAAUUUAUUUGGUUGUUGGACCGCGAGGAAAAUCUCUUUAACUGUUCUUAAUUUCCAAGAAGGUAUCGUUUGCGUUGAAAAAUGUCACAACGUAACUAUUCACUCAGAACUAAGAGCUUUCCACCUCGGUACAUGCAUUGGGUUCAACAAAAGAACUGUAUUAUAUAAGGACGUCGAUAUUCUUAAGAGUGUGGAAUUGUUUACUGAUAGAAGCAAAAAUUACAACGGAUUUAUGUUCCGUGCAUACACUACUGAAGUAGAACCAUUCUUUAUUAUAACGGCUGACAAUAAUGGUUCUUUCACAAUUGGAGCCAGAGAUGGAAUAAUAUGGAAUACCAUGUCCAAACUGAUGAAUUUUGGUAUUGAUCUGUCACCAAGUUUAGAUGUUAUGAAAAAACCAUUCGAUUUUGAACUGAAUAUUGAGCAGAUAUUUGCCUUUUCAAGAAGAAAAGGCGACUUAUACCUCAUUCCUAUAUAUAUCUUUGAUAUUAUCCUAGUGGAAAUUGAUUUCACAUUUCCUUAUAAGGAAAGCGGUGUUUGCAUUAUGUCUAAUCGUGCAGGAUUUAAUACAUCAUUUAUAGAUGUAGGUGAUACAGAUGGUUUCCAGGCUAGUCAACUAAGUGUAUGGCUUGGUAUUAUUGGUAUGUGGAUAACAUUCACCUUAUAUAAAUGGGCAGAACUUGGGCGAUUAACCUUUAACCAAGUAGGAAAGGAUUUCCUAAAUACUGUUAGGAAUAUCCUAUCGUUAAAUCUUUGUAAUCCACCUAAGCGAAAUUCGUUUCGCAUUUUUUUGACUAUUACAACUUGGAGCAUUUUCGUGAUAAAUUUUUCAACCCAAGCAAAAAUAAUAUCGUUUCUAACAGCUGCAAAGAGAGGUCAAGAAAUAGAAACAUUUGAAGAUGUUAUAGAGAAGGGGUAUCCUAUUCAAGGAAUGUCUUCACCUGACCUAAUUCUCCCAGAAACCGAGGAAAAGUUCCAGAUCAUUAAUCAGAGGUUGAUUCCUUCCCAGGACAUAUUCGGAUGUGUGAAACGAAUGACUAACGACUCUCAUAGAUUUUGUCUCAUUGAUUGCGCUAUUGGUCGUUACUUAGAAAGAAACCGUCUUAAUGAAAAAGGUGAACAAUACUUACAUAUUGCAAAAAAAGACAGAAUGCAUAGUCAUUAUUUAAAUAUGCUACUACCGAAACAUUCGCCUAUGACAAAUCGUUUUAAUAAAUAUAUGAUGAUGUUUGUAGAAGCCGGUCUUAUAAAGAAAUGGGAACAAUAUCGAUACACUGAUAUCAAGCAGGAGGCGACUAUGAAACCAUUAGGAAUGAAUGAAAUAAAUGUUAUAUUUCAAAUCUACGUGUCCUGUGUUGGAUUUACAUGUAUUAUAUUUCUAGUAGAAAUUAUAAUGUAUAACGUAAAUAAGAUGGUAAAUAAAUAUUCUAAAUCGAAGAAGAUGAAUUAAAUUAGGGCCUGCUGCCUUAACAACAAAUUUCCAAAUGGAAAAUUUUAUACGCACGAUUGUAACGAAGUUUCAGUAUUAAAAUUGUAUAAAUUGACGGUUUGAUAAUAAAUAUAAGAUAUUUUCAU